AUGGUCAAUCCAUGUUCGAAACACAAGGAACUGUUUACGCAGAUGUCCUUGGAGCCUUUGAUUUUGGCUCCGCCGUGUGAACUCCAUCAGACGGUCAAAGAGCCACUCGGUGCACCACGAUCACGGAGCUGGAAAGAGAUGACCAUUAAGAGUGAUUACAACCUCGGGCCAACAAAAACCUCAAAGGACCCCACAAUCAAAUUGGCUUGCCAAUAUAAAUUUGGCACUGCAACGGACAAGUUUACAUCCCAUCUAAAUUGUCAAAAGAACGGGCUGAUUAUCUGUCCGACAUCAGGAAGGAUACUCGCUAACCGACAACAGAGAUUUAACAGCUGA